AUGGAUGAACUUGAUACUUUUCAGUUAGAGCUUCAGUUGAACGGACUUUUCGAUGAAAAACCAGACGAUUCUGCUCUUGAUGCUGAGCUUCAGCAAUUGGAAGGGGGAUCCUUACUCCAACAGUUCUUCGAAAAACCAGACGAUAAGGAGGAAUUUCCGGAAAAACCAGAGUCGAAGAAAAGGGAUGAAUCUUCGAUUGACCCAUUUUUACAUGCCGUCAUCAGUGCCUCAAAAAAUGGCCGAAAAAUCAAGCUGAAACGACCGUUUUCCGAAAGCCUAGUCGAAGUUGACGAAGAGCAAUUUCGAACAUUUUUGGACUUUUAUGGAGCACCUUGCAACUCCGCUGUUGACAAUCAAAACCGCGUCAACGAAAUAAUCGAGGCGUUGACAAACAGCCAAAUGGUUGACCAGGUUACAGAAGAAGACGUCGGCUUUCUCAUUUCUCAUAUUCGCAACAUCGAGACUGUCCCAAAACGUGGGAAAGGCGAUGGAAACUUCAGAUGUAAAAUCUGCCCCCACUUGCUCAUCAAUUCUGAAAACUACGGACUCAGCAAUAAAGAAAAUCUCAAGCGCGACUACCAACACCAUCUGCAGCAUCACAUUUCUCGAUGGAAAUGUAGUCUCUGCUCGCACACGCACUUUCGAAAAGACACCAUGGAGCAGCAUCUAAGAAGACUUCAUCCGGAAGAAGAAGGAGAGCCAAUCGAAUUGCCAAGAUUUUGA